AUGCGUUUGUGCCGGCGCCUUAGUUAUCAUGCAUACGUCCCAAAGGGCGCGUCUGUUCAGAUGGGAGAGACUUUUAUGCCUUCCAAUAUCGCAACCGCAGUUUUCCGUGAGACGGAGGCUGCUGCGGCCCGGGCUGACAAAGCAAAAGAGGAAACCGGAUUUUUCAGUCAACCACGAUUAAACUACCCUGUUUCGAGCGGUAUUCCUGCUCUUUUCUCCAAGGAUCAGUUCGAUAUGCAAUACUCCCUCUUUCAUCGCGAUGUUGUGGAAACACUCAACCGUCACACAUUAGGCACACCACUUGAGGGACACAAUCUCGAAACUGUGAUACGGAAGACUUCUUUUGACGCUACACAAGCCGUAGCCCACACUGCGGCGUCGGAACACUUUAAUUACUGCUUCUUCUACAAGUCUCUGCGCCCAUGGGGUACUGCACCUCCACCGCGGUUACGUGAGGCACUACAGCUGCAGUACGGAACUAAUGGUUCCGCCGAUGCAGUGGAUGAAGUCCGCCGAAUUGUAUGGGUAACAGCGGCUUCUCACCAAGAACGGUGUGGUUGGGUGUAUUUGGUAUGGUCCGGGGUGCAUUUUGAUGUGGUGGAGUUUCCUCACGGUUCAUGUCCAAUCGCUAGCGAUCUUAUUCCCCUUCUUGCACUGAAUGUUCAUGAGAGUGCCUACAUUUUAGACUACGGGACUUCAGGGUUGAAACAAUACGUUGAAAACUAUUUUAAGGCAUGUAACUGGCCUUUAGCGGAGCGGUAUUAUCUUAUGGCUAUUGGACAAGUCGUUUAA